GGUCUUUUGGAUUGCGAGACAGAAGCUGACUUUCAAGCUCAGUUGGUGUCACUAAAGAACGUGUGGGAUGAGCGAGAAAAGGCCCAUCUGCCUGCUGGAAAGCAACCUUCAUUUCACAAAUAUAUCUCGGAAAAGGUGACAGCAGUUCAUGUACUUAGGAAAUGUUUGAAUUGCGGGAGUUUAAUUUUGGUAAUUUGGGUUUCUGGUAACAAAUAUAUCAACUCGAUUUAUCAAAUUUAUUCAGAAACCGCAGAGACUCUUCCCUAUUUGUUGUAAUUGUAAUGUUGGUAAUGUUUUCAAUUCAAAUUUAAAUUCAGCUUUUAUGGCCGGAGUUUAUUUUUACGAUAUCACAUUUCGUGAAACGCUGGAAACCCCGCAAAAUUCGCGAAAGUUAGAUUGCGCGCAAAUUUCAUGCCACACGGUUUUCUGUGUGGAAUAUGGAGAAUUUAUGUCAUCGCCAUUUGUAAUAACAUGCGCGGUUCAUAUAGCAACGGUUUCAUUCAAUAUUCUUAUAUUUAUGCAAGACCUUCAUUUUACUGGAGGUGCUAUGUAAGUAACAGUUGGCCAAUGACACAAAUUGCAAUUGAAAUCGGACAUCUGGCCUUUCAUUUCUAAACCAGCCAGCUAGAGAUCCCUUUGUUAUUGCGUUUUCCGGAACUUGGAACUUUUUAACGUAAUCACGAGCUUGACUUGUACUUUAAAAAAAGAAAAAACGUUUUGAAGUACGACAAUCCUUGUUUUAUGUAAAGUUAUGGAAAAUGUAGAGAAUUUACGCCUUAUGCUAUUAAAUUAAAGGACAACAUUGUCUCAUUUUAUUUCAGGAAAAAAUGAUCCAAGACAACAUGUUGCGCCCCAUUCGGUUGAAUGCAGGCCUAGGAAAUCCUCCAGAAGCAUAUUAUAACAACAUGCCAGAAUCAGCAAAUAAAAUUAUUAAAAUGGGAGUAGACUUUCAAAAGAAUGAAAUGUCACAAUUUAACGACAAGAUGGAGAAAGUAAUUCAGCAGCAGCGACGGGACUGUGAAUCAGCCGUAAUAAACAGAGGUCCAUAUGCUCUCACAGACGACUACCUUCACUUACAAAUGUCUCCUGACAAGUGGUUUUCCCUGAAUGCUCGUCAGCGUGAAAGGCAUUUGAAAAAGUUCUGGGAAGAAGUACCUGGAAGAAAUGUUGAUGUGCAGGAUGACAGUGGUAAUGUAAACGAUGACAAGGAAGAGAACACUUCCCUUACCAGCCCUCCAGAGCUGUCUGUAAGACCAGAGGAGUCAGGUGCAGCUGGUGUAGCUCUUCUUUCCCUAAAAGAGAUGUACCGGCAAGCAUCCAUUCUUCUCCUCAAGAAAGAUUCCAUUGUGGAAAUACCUUUUAAGCCCCAUACGUUUAUGGUUGAAAGCGACAAGGGAAGGCCACAUUAUGUUGUACUAGCAGAAAGUGGGAAGGUGACAUGCGAGGACUGUCCUCGUUAUAAGUCUACAAAAAUAUGUGCACAUUCUUUAGCCGUGGCAGAGAAGUGCGGUAAAUUACAGAAUUAUCUCACUUGGUUUAAGAGAAGCAGCCACACCUUAACUACAACGAGUUACGUCACCUGUGACAGCGCGCCAACAGUUGGCAAAAAUCCCAGAGACCUUCAACGUCGCGUAGGAAAGGUGGUAGAGGGCAAGCUGUCAACAUUGUGCCUCGACCAAGUGCCAGUGAGCAAGCUCCAUCACCCUCCGCAGCGCCGACGCCCUCUCCUGUACUACCUCCCACCGCAGUGCCACCAGCCUACAAAGCGCCUCCACCCUCUCCAUCUGCAGCGCCAC